ACCAGAAAAAGUACUGCCAACUCAAUUUUUCCACUUAAAGUCAGCCCCUCCAUGACACCAUAAAAAGGAACACAGGAACAGACCACAGAAUGACAAUAUAUAAACCCUAUGAAAGGGGACUGACAGUAGACAAUUUCUACUCUGCCUUGAAACAGAAGCCACAGCGAUGAAGCUCCACACUGCAGCAAUCCUGCUCCUCUUCUGGCUUGGUGUCUUCACUGUGCACAUGGUCAAAGGGAGCGUUAGCAGUCAGCCCAUGCGCAAAUUCAGGUGUGUAACUCUGUCUACAAAGCAGUUGAACAUCCGAAAUCUUGUGAGCUAUGAAAAGCAACAAGUACCAACAGAUGCCAUCAUGUUCAUCAAUGCGGGAGGUAUCAGGAUCUGUGUAAGUGCUAAUCAGAAGUGGGUUCAAGCUGCUAUAAAGAGAAUAGAUGAAAGCCGUGCUGCCAAACGCAAAUAAUCCAAGCUUCUAAGGCCAACCAGCUGGAAUCAACAUCAGUGCUGCAAGAAACAAGGAAACCUUACUAGCUGCUUUUAUUUCCUAUUUAUUAAGUAGCAAUAAAAUCUUGAAACAAA